CAAUUCUUGACGAACACUUCCGUUCAGGCAAGAUGGCUGCGGCCAUGCAAGACUCACGUGUGGCCACGGGGAAAAAGCUGAAAAAGUCCCUGAAAAAGAAGAAGAUGAAAAUAGUAGCCAGGGCUGUGGCCUCAGCUUCCGACAGCGAAGGUUCUGAGGGAGGCUGUGGGCUGUCCGACGAUGGAGCCGUGGAAGCAGACAAUGAGGAGGAUGCUGAAGCCCGUGACAAAGAAAAUGAAAACACUGCCGACUCCGGUGCUGGGGCUAAUGUGGGCUGGGCAGAUGCCAUGGCUAAGAUCCUUAACAAAAAAACGCCUAAGAGUAAACCCACCAUUCUCAUCAAAAACAAAGAGCUGGAAAAGGAAAAGGAGAGGCUGAAGCAAGAAAGACUGGAGAAAAGAAGGCAGCUGGACAAGAAGCGAGAGUGGGAAAUGAUGUGUAGAGCAAAGCCAGAUGUCGUCCAAGACAAAGACACGGAGAGGAAUCUCCAGAGAACGGCAACGAGGGGUGUGGUGCAGUUGUUUAACGCUGUUCAGAAACAUCAGAAGAACGUUGAUGAGAAGGUUAAAGAGGCAGGAGGCUCUGUUAGGAAGCGUGCGAAGCUGAUAUCAAGUGUUUCCAAGAGAGAUUUCAUCAGUGUUCUCAGAGGCAUGGACGGAACUACAAAUGAGAAAAGUUCAUCUGAAAAGAACCCAAAAGCCAAACAGGCUGAAGUGAAAUCAGCAGAGGGCCCAGGUUGGAGCAUUCUGCGGGACGAUUUCAUGAUGGGGGCCUCCAUGAAGGACUGGGACCGGGACAGCGACAGCGCCGACGACAGCAUAGCAGGGCCUGCGGGUGACUGAGGCAGAGAGCGCUGUGGUAGACACGUGUGCUUUGUCCUCUGAGGUGGGGGAAUGGUGAGGAUCUGUGAGCCAGAAAUUCGCCGGCUGUGGUGUCCCCUUUUCUUGUAAACUUUCUCAAAUGAAGGUAUUUUCAGCCCUGUAUAUUUGUUUUUCCUCCAGACAUUUGUAAAAAGAGGCGUUGCUGCCUGACCGGCAAGGCUUUCACUUUGCUGGGGUCAUGGCACGUUGACAUAGCCUGCUCAUCGAUACCGGUGUGGUGUUAUUAUCACUGAUGUUUCAAGAAAUGCGGUACCGAUCAUAAUUAAAAUGAACUCUUUCAAGUUAGUAUGUUUCUGCCUUCCAGCUCAGAGAUGUAUUUGUCUGUAGUUGUUGAAAUAAUUGGUAUCAUCUUGUUUUUUUGGUGUAGUAGAAUGUUAAGAAAACCUAUAUAGUAAAGUUUUCAAUUAUAGUAUUUCUGAUUUGGGUGUUGAUUUUAAUUUUUGAUUUACUGGUAAACCUGUUUUAGGGUGUUCCUUCCUUUUUUAUACUGUACGAAGCAAUAUAAUAAGUGAUGAUUUAUUUUAAGUAUGAGGUUAUUUUUGCAUGGAAGAAUGAGAAUUUUAGACUCUUUUUCCCUGAACUAAUGGACUUUGCUUAAAUUCGCUUUUUGGGCAGUGCAGCCAGGAAAAUGAUGGAGCCGGAAAACAGGUAGUCUGCAUCAGGUCCUGCGCCUAACUUGCGUCAGAGUUCUCAUCUCAUCUGCCUCAAAUAUUGCAUCCAGUUUGAGACUUGCUUUCGUAUUGCUGCCUUAGAAGUUAUUAAAUUGGAUGUCCUUUUAGUAUUUGGUUGUUAAACAAAAAGAGAAGAGAACUGAGGCUAUUUAGGAUCAUCCCGAAGUAUCUGGGAAAUUCUGCCCAAGAUGUGAAGUUUAUACAGAAAUUGUUCUGUGAGUGUGAUCUGCUCCUUACUGGGAAGGCUCCAUCCCGGCCCCCCUCCUCGUCCCAGCACCCAGUUGUGGCACUUGCAUCUGCUGCACACUGAAGCGCGCGCCUCCCCCAGAGACGACGCGCCGGAGCAGACGUGCUUAUGUUUCCAGCCCAUCUGAGUGUCACAGGUAUUAUAUGACUAACGUUAAAUUAGCCUAUGGCCUGGUGUUUAUUAUCAUAAAGGAUGGUGUAUUGAGUGGCUAAAACAGCAAACCUUGAAAUGCAUUUUUCUAUUUAUCUUCACUCUUGAAUGUUAGUGUCUUAUUAAAUUAGAGAACCACCGUUUUGCCAUUUUAAUAUAAAUAAAUGUGAACAAAUAUUCCUUAGUAGUACGGGAAUGUGUUACCAUGUUAAAUAUCCCAAUACAACUUCACAUAGAUAAGUAUUUCAGUGUAAGUUAACACAUGCUACCCUUGAAUCAUAGUUUUACAAAAUUUUGCGCAGUGAUAAAAAUGAGUAACUACUUCUUGACUAAAAAAUAGUUUUGAAACACAUAGUUGUAUUUUAUAGUCCUUCAUUUGAAUUAGGAAAAUUGAAAAAGGCUUUCAAAUUGAAAGUAAGGAGGAGAAUAUUUUCAGAUUUUCUUCUUGCAGAAAUGAUUUUAUUCCAAAAUAAAAUUGUGUUGCCAGUUGGAUCCCUCUUACAGAAAAAGGUAAAGUGUCAUUUAUGUUAGAAGGCUAUGAAUUUUUGCCAUAAAGUUGAGAUGCCCUCUGUUAAUAUUUGUUCAUCUUGACUAUAAGAUAUUUAAGCAAAAAAUUCUGUGACUCUAAGGAUGAAUGUACUAGUUCAGAAACUUAAGUAUGCAUCUUUAAAUGAAUAUGUCAGAUAGUUUAUUUUGUUAGCUCUAUCCUGAAUACAUUAUGUGAACCAUUUAAGUUCUUCUGACAUCAGUCUGAUAAAGAACUCUGUCUAUUCCUUUCUCUGCAUUGCUUUUCAAUUCUGUAAGGAGAAAUUGCAUCCCAUUUCUCUCCCCAGUCACUUAUCUACAAAUAACAUGAGGGUAUUAUUUACGGUAACUAUUUAGAUUAAUGUAGUAGUAAAGAAACUGCUUCAUUUAGAAAAAAAAAAAUUGAAAAAAACCUCAACAAAAUAACUGUAUUUCCUUAUUCUUUUGCCUAGGAAUUUGGGUGCUGGGAUGAAUGUUCUCAGUAUCCAGCAUAAUUUAGCAUUAUUUAUUGUUUUAAAGCUUUAGGAUUUGAAAUUCAUAGGUAAUACCUGUUUAAGACUCAAAAUAACUUAGAGUCAUCCUGGUAGUUUUUAAUACUUCAACGUAGAAUUGGAAUAUUGACCAUAUUUUCAGGGUACCUGGAAUUCUUCAUUGCUGAAGAAUUACUAACUGAUUCCAAAAUACGCCUUUAAAACUCUGGAUGGAAUCAUUCCGGGACUUACAUUCAGGACUGGAAGUGUAAAAUUCCUCAUUAAGAAGUUCUAGAAGGCUAACUCGAGGGCAAGUCCAAAUUCUUCAGAUUAUUUUCUGUCUUUUAAAACAGAUGGGUGAAGAAAGACAUGUUUCAGUUCUGGGAAACCUCCUGAUGCCUUCUAGCCGGUGUGUUUCACACCUGUGGUUUUCUGUAAUAGUGACUGGCCGUCACGCAACCUAAUCCUGCCUGUGCUGGUCUUCAGGCCCUAGGAGUGCAGUGCUUAUUACGGAGCCCGUGGAUUCCAGUUUAUAGGUGCCAGAAGAUGCCCUAGUAAAACACGAUGGCAGAGAAGGCGUGAGCCUGGAAUGUGAGCAGGCACAUGAAGGUACAGAAAAUACAAACCUUGUCGCCCAAAAGUUAAGAGAAUUGUAAGGUCUGAGAAAAAGCCCAGAUUGCAGCCUUCAGGGAGUGUAAACACUCCCGUGGGAAAGACGGUAGGUCAGAUAAGGUGGUACCUUUGGGUAACUUCUCCUCCUUAUGUGUAUAUGCUUAUGUCCAGUUAUUUUUAUGACUGAUUGUAUUGCUGUGUGUGCUUAUUUGUAUCGGUUAAUAUUUUAUGUGUAUAAUUUUUACAUACAUCUAUAAUAGAGAUUUUUUAAAAAUGCA